AUGUGGCGGUGCUUUGCAUGUGGGAAGAUCUACUUAGCUCUUUGCAAUGGCAAAGAACCGGAUGAACGAAAUAGCAACUUUGAUGACUAUCUGCGUCUCAAAUACCAGGUACAAAAGUGGUAUCGCGUUCCAGAUCCUGCCGUAGAAGAGGAGGCUUUUCGGGAAAAUGAAGAAGCCCUUUCUCGAGCCUCUCAAAACUCCUCCGCAAAAGCGAGUCACAUUAGCGCCAAUGCAGCGGCGGGUUUAAUAAUAUUAAGUAAUCGUUCUCUCCCAACUUCACUCUCUAAACCAUCUACUUCAAAUCAGACACCAUCUGAGACCGCUUCAGACAAGGCAGGCAGUUCAAGUCCCUGUCCUGUAGUCGCUCCAAGCAUAACAGCACAACAGCAGCAAAAGGCUUCUCUCUUUUCUGUGAGUUCACGAGUUGUUUUUGUGGUGUACAAGGUGGUUGUUGUGCUUCUUUUGAGCUUCAGUUGUAGCAAGCUCUUUUCGUGUCGACGCUUGAUGCAAGUUAAUUCUUGCAUCGGAACAACGGCAGAAAAAGAUAGCGCUUUCUCCGAUCCGUUCGCCGAAUUUGUUGCCGCCCGUCCAGUUGCUGCCGCUUCCCAGACAUCAAAUCAGUCAUCCCUCCCUGCAUCACUUGCUUACACCUCGCCUACAUCCUCAUCUUUGCAGAGCAUCCAACCAGCACAGCCUUCCUCCUCUUCGGUUGCAUAUAAACUCCCGACAUUUCCACCGUCAUCGUCAGUCUCGAUGGUAUUUCCUGCUACCAAUCCAUCCGUAUCAUCGUCACCAUUCGGAGUUUCGGGUUUUGGCACCUCUUCCGCGCCGGUUGACAAAUAUGCGGCCUUAGCUGAACUUGACAGAAUGGGGAAAUUGGGGGAGUGUGCUCAAGCCUCUAGAUCGCCUGUUGCUGGAAGCUUCUCGUCUGUAACAUUGGCGCCCUUGAAAACUCAACAAAGCAAUCCAUUUGCUCCUUCCUUAACCUACAAUCCGUUCCAAGCUCAGACUCUUAGUACCCGAAAUCCGUUUGCGAUGAUGAAUGAGACUGGUACUCCUGUGAUGCAGUCAAACACACUGCCAGUGCCAAAACCCACCAACAUUUCCACUUCUCUAGGUCAAAGCUCAUUCAACCCUUUCGUUGUAAGUCGCCCCAGCAUUCGUCGGUGA